AUGUUAAAAUUCCCAUGUCCGUAUGAUAAAAUUCUUCCUGAUCAAAUUAAAACUGAGAAAACACCUGAAAAUAAUAGAGACAAUAAUAUCUGUAAUCAAAUCAUUGGUUCACUUAUAGGAUUGGCUAUUGGUGAUGCUUUAGGAGCGAGUGUAGAAUUUCGUCCACAACAAUAUCUUGCUGCUAAUCCCGUUAGUAAAAUGCAAGGUGGGGGUACAUGGGGUCUGGAUGUAGGUAAAUGGACUGAUGAUACAUCAAUGGCAUUAUGCCUUGCUUCAUCAUUAAUUGCUGAGAAUGGUUUUAAUCCCUAUAAUCAAAUGGUUCGUUAUAAAUGGUGGCAUAAACAUGGAUAUUUUUCAUCGACAGGACAUUGCUUUGACAUUGGUAAAGCAACUCGUCAAUCUAUUGUAGAAUUUACAUUGCGUCAAGAAAUUCUUAAAGUACCUUAUCGUUGUCGUAAUGAGUAUGAAGUUGAUACAUUGACAUUGGAGUCUAUCGAACGUAUCAAAGAUUUUAAUAUGUAUUGCAGUGAAGAAGAUUCUGCUGGAAAUGGUGCUCUUAUGCGUCUUUGUCCUGUACCAUUAUUUUAUUUUAAAACACCUGUUAUUGCUGUCGAAUACGCCGGUCGUAGUGCUUUACUUACUCAUUCCGAUAAGAAAGCAGUUGAUGCAUGUCGUUAUUAUGCAGCUCUGAUUAUAGGUGCUCUUAACGGUUACGAUAAAGAUGAGUUACUUCAUAAAGACUUUUAUAAAAAAAACAAACAUUGGUUCGGUAAUGAAUCAAUACAUGAAGAUAUUAUAUUAGUUGCUGAAGGAUCAUUUAAAAAGAAAGGUGGAUAUGAACAAGGUAUUCGUGGAAAAGGCUAUGUUGUUAACUCUCUCGAAGCUGCUCUAUGGGCUUUUUGGUCUGAUGGAAACUCGUUCGAAAAAGGUGCUCUUGCUACCGUUAAUCUUGGUGAUGAUACUGAUACAACA